AUUGUGAAACUGAAAUCCCUACCAAAUCCAGCAGGAAGGAAGGGAGUUUCUUCUUCUCUCGCAUAAAAAUUAUAGCAGCAACUUUAUCAUAGAUAACUACUUAUCUGAACACAUUUUGUAUUUUGUUCCCAUGUCGUGAUUUUUUUGCUUAUCGUCAACUGUUAUACGUUUACUUAGUUAGUUUUCUUCCGUGGUGGUGGUACUGGUGCCAAGCAAAGUGAAAAGAUAACAAUCAAGAAAAGGUGACUACGUGCGAGGGAUGGAACAAGAUGACGGUCGACUUUAGCGACUAUUUUUGGGGAGAAGGUCAGAAAUCGACGGGAAUAGAGGUGCUCUUCCAAAAUGCCAAAUCAGGAGUUGUUAAUACAAAAGAGGUUGCAGAGUUUCUCAAGGAGAGGUCUUCCCUGGAAGAAUCACAUUCCAAAGCUCUUGGGAAAUUGGCAAAAAUCGCGAGCAAUGGGACCCCUAACGGCUCCUUCUCUCCUAUGUGGCAAGCUCUCAAGAAUUUAUCAGAAAAACUGUCAUCCGCCCACACCCACAUGGUGCAAAAGAUUGAGGAGCUCGUCAAAGAGUUGCUCAUUUAUGCAGAAGAGCUUCAGAAACAGUACAAAUUAGUAAAGGAGAGCGAAAGUGGAACGGUAGAAUCGGUCCAAAUGUAUCAAAAUUCCAAAGCGAUGGUCUCCAAAACCAAAGCAAUUUACAUGCAGAGAUACUUAGAACUGGAAAAGUGUCAAAAACAGGAUAACGUUCCACAGAAGGAGCUAGAAAAGGCUGAAGCAAGGAUGAAGAAGGCACAUGAAGAGUACAAGGCUUGGGUGGAAAAGUAUCAAAUUUGCACCGAAGAUUACGUUUCGAAAAUGACGGAAUCCUGCCGACGUUUUCAAGACGUUGAAAUUUUCUAUCUUGAAAAAAUGAAAGGGUUUAUGGAUUCGUAUUCUAAUGCAAUCGACAACAAUCACGAAUCGAUCGGCCAGGUUCACUAUGAGUUUCGAAAUGAGUGUUCCACCCUGACUGUAGAGGAACUUUUGCAGCAGAUGGUGCGAUUAAAAGCGACAGGAAAUUCUAAACCUAUUUACAUUCCAGGUGCUAGUGGUGAAAUUGAUGACACCCUGAUUAAUUUUGAAAUCAGCCACAGCGGUUCUUCCGAGGACAAGUCUUCCCUGGGAGAAACUAAAGAAAAGACAACGUCUGGAACAACAGCACUUCCACCACCUUCAACAAUUACAGUUCUUCCUAAUAAUACUAGUACAUCUUCUACUGUGGCAACUAGUGAGAAGAUCUUUGAAGGUAACGACAUGACUACAGUCUCCACUUCCAGUUCUGUGUCAAUGCCAGUAGGAGAUCGGUCAAGCAAGGGAUCACGCAGAACAACUUCCCUCCUUAACCUUUUCAUUCCUCAAUCCCAGGGUAGUAAAAGCAGCAUACCUACGAAAGGUGUUGAUUUAACAAGCACUUCUACCUCUACGGCUACUAAAGUAGAGGUUGGAAAUCCCACCACCGGCCAGACAACUCUGUCCAGAACAAGCAACAGGGGAUCAAAAUGGUUUUUGAGGAGUAGGAGGGGUAAGAAAAAAGACAAGGGGAAGAAAAAGGACAAGGAAGAGUCGACGAGUCAGGAAGAUACGGGAAAUGCAUCUCAAAAUCAGAGUGAAACUAGUAUCGCCAAUUCCUCGGUUGCCGAAGUAAGUACGAAUUCGCCAAAGGUUGACGCUGAAGGUUUCACAAUUCGACCAAAGGACGUUUGGGAAGAGGAUGCUAGCAAAUUUUAUUCAAGUUCCGACACCGAUUCUGAUGAAGCGCCUGAAAAACGACUGCAUGUGGAAAUCAAGCCCCUCACUAACGGGACAGCUCCACUAAGUGCUAGUGUUGACGAACUUCGUACUACAGUGGAAAAUUUAACUCUGUCUUCUACAGCACUUCCGGGCCGAAAAAUAGUCAUUGAUGCAGACGCCCAGAUGAAACGGUCUCAUUCGGUAUCGCAACAGAUUGGGAGUACGUCCCCUCCUCCUCGCUAUCCCUACGCUCCCCUCAGUCCCUCAUUGCCUGCACACGGUAGUAAAACUAGUCCAAAUUGUAACUCUUCCAAUGACCCUUCUUCCAACUAUGGAGAAUUGGGGGAUCUAUUUGCAGAAAUUGGCGAAAUGCAGCCAUCACUGCCACCAAAGACUUACAUAUCUAGAUCUACUCCUACAUCUGGAGGGACCAUGUCCAUUCCUCGUCCUCCAUCUAGACCAAGACCUGAGAUACCCUUAUUCCCUCAACGCAAUACGAGCUCUCCCUCUCCAGUAGUUUCAAGAACUGAAAGUGUUGCAAGUUUGGAAACAAAAAGUAUUGGGAGUCACAUAAGUGGAUCACGAGGGCCGUCCCCAUUAACUCUCGGAAUGUCAGACACAAUACCCAUCGCAAUUGCAUUCCACGAAAUUGUUCACGCUUACUUCAAAGGGAACGAUGAAAACCAGUGUAAAGUAAAAAUGACUGGGGACAUGAUGGUCUCUUUCCCUGCCGGAAUUAUUCAAGUGUUCGCUAACAAUCCUUCCCCUUCGCAGCUAAGUUUUCAAGUUUGCAGCAAGCAACGAUUGGAAAACUUGAUUUCUAACAAAAAUCUCGUAAAAGUUGAUUCUGUUGGAGACGUGCUGCAUUUCGAAUUUGACAUGAGUGCCUUAACUAUUUUACUGAAGAAUCAUGCCGAACAAAAUCCUAAUGCGUCGUAUUUUAAUGUCGACAUACUAAAAUAUCAGAUUAAGCCAAAGCCAGGAGCAGCAUCUUGCCCUCUUCAUUUAGUAGCGUUCUGGAAAUGCGAAACCCAACAAACUGAUCUUCGGAUCGAUUACAAAUACAAUGGUCGAGCAAUGGAGCCAAGCCAGUCUGAAGUUGUCGCUGCCAAAAAUAGCCCUUCAAAUUCUCCAAAUCAGGCCCCACUUUCGCAAGUUUGCGUUGCAGCACCGGUUGAUGGAGGUGUGAAAACUAUGCAAUCAAAACCUGGUGGCCAGUGGGUUUCUUCUACGAAUCGUGCAUAUUGGAAGCUCUCCACAUUGUCAACUAAAUCAGACAACCUCGGGGUCGGAUCUCUUCGUGCUCGUUUCGAUGUUUCGAAUGGACCCAGUUCAAACGGGACGAUUGCAGCACAAUUUAGCUGUGAAAAUUCUACCUUGUCCGGUUGCGAGUUUGAAUUAACUGGUUCUGGAUAUCGAGUUUCAUUAGUCAAGAAACGAUUUGUAUCUGGCAAGUAUAUCUGUGAUUCUGAAGAGAAUUCCAACCGAUACGCUGUUCCACCCGAGUAUAGCAAACCCGUUGCAGUUUAGUGCAGUGAAAUUGUCGUCCCUUUGUCCCAGUGCCCACUAUCUCUAAACCAAAGAUCUACCUACACCCGAAACCAAUAAAUAUAUACGGGAUUAUCUAAACUUAUCUUCCUCUCCUCAAGAAUCAAACACACAACUACCUACAACCACUACUAAAAUAAGUGGUAGAAUUCCUAUCUUAUUGUAUUACUACCAACUACAUAAUAAUUAUUAGUAUAGUUGCCACUUAAUGGUUUAAAUAGCUUCAACAUUCUGAUCAUUUUUAUCCAAUACUUUUUUCACUUCUUAAUUUACACUCCGCCAUCCAUUCAAAGAAAUGUCUAAGACUUAUCGAUUAUUAAUUAAUUACACUAAUUUUCAAUCUCAUUAUUACGAAACCACCUCACGGCUCACUUACUCACUCACCUCGCAUUUUCAAUCAUGAACAAAGUUAUUUUAGUUUUACAUUUAUGAUUAUUUUGAAUUUACAUACAUUAUUUUCAGCUUUGAUAGCAAUCGAUUUAAUUAAUGAGCUUUACUAUUUAGAUUUAAUUAUUUUUGAAUGUAUGAAUUCCACAAUUCAAGCAGAAAUGCAAUCAUAUUUACCUACAGGAAGAGAAUGAAACGAAAUAAAUGAUUAAAUUUAA